CGGUGGAGGAGAGCCCUCUGACCUGCAUGGAGGUGCCCUCCACCCGGGCCACGUAAGCCACGCGGUCCAGAACCGUGACGGUGACUGGGACCGCCACGAAGAACCCGCCGACGAACGCCCGCAGAAGAUGGCGACUUGCACCGCUAAUGAAGAAGCCGGACAUGAGGACAGCAUCCUGGAGGCUCUGAGCUUUCCGGAGGAGGAGCCGCCCGGGGGUCUGGCGGUCGGCACCGACCAGGGCCCCGGGGCCGAGGCGCUGGUCUGCCCGCUGUGUCCGCAGACCUCCCCGCUGUCGGAGGCGGAGCGUGUGCUGAAGCACCUCCUUCUGGAUCACAAGCUGGUGGUGGCGGACGUCAAGCUGAUCGCCGACCUGCCCAGGUACAUGUCGUACUGGAAGGGCCGGUUCCUGGACCAGCCCCUCACAGAGUACUGCAGCGUCAUCAAGACCAACUCCGAGGGUCCAGUCGAGAAACAAGAGUUCUACUUCCUGUUGUGUGAUGUACUUCCUGAGGACCGACUGCUGAGGGAGCAGCUUCAGCAGAGGAGACUGGAGGAGACUCUGGACCAGCAGCAGAGGGAGCGGGACGAUACAAGUUUCCAGCGUGUGUGUAUGUUCUGCAGCGAGGAGUUCAGCGGGAACAGGGCAUCUCUGCUGAACCACAUGGCCAGGGAGCACGCCUUCAGCGUGGGGCUCCCCGACAACAUCGUUUACUGCACCCAGUUCCUGGACCACCUCCAGAUGAAGCUGGACAGCCUCCAGUGUCUGUACUGUGAGAAGCCAUUCCGGGACAAGACGACGCUGAAGGACCACAUGAGGAAGAAGUCCCACCGCCGGAUCAACGCCAAGAACCACGAGUACGACCGCUUCUACGUCAUCAACUAUCUGGAGAUGGGGAGGAGCUGGGAGGAGGUGCAGUCUGAGGACGACCGAGACAUGGUGGACCCCGCUGAUGACGACUGGUCUGACUGGCGGGCCCACCCAGUCAGGGCCGUCUGCCUGUUCUGUGAGCAGCAGGCAGAAAGCAUGGACAGGAUGUACUCACACAUGGAGGACGCCCAUGGCUUCCAUCUCCGCCAGCUGAAGACCCGGCUCGGCCUCCGGUUCUACCAGCAAGUGAAGCUUGUGAACUAUAUCCGGAGGGAGCUGCACCAGUGCCGUUGCUAUGGUUGCCAGGAGAAGUUUGGCUCAAAAGAAGAGGUCCUCCAACACAUCAUGGCAGCCGGUCAUGUUAUGCAGCUUCCAGCGCCGUCAGUGUGGGACCAGCCCCAGUACUUUUUCCCCACCUAUGAAAACGACGGGCUGCUCUGUGUGCUGGUGGACAGCGAGGAGGAGGAGGAGGAGGAGGAGGAGGGGGCGGGGCCAGCAGAAGGGGUGGAGCAGAGGGACGUCCCGGUCAUUGCUGAGGACCUGUCAGACCUGAAGGCCCUGAGAGACUCCAGCGUCCUGAAUCAGCUGCUGAGGAACCCCCAGCCCCCCCUACCCAGAACCAGAUGGUCCUAACCAGACCCCAGGGGUCCUACCCAGACCCCCUGGUGGACUCAACAAUGGAGGGUCAAAGACAUUUGGAGGGGUAUAUAGUUAGGGGAGUGGCAAGUGUUCAGUGGGUCAUGAAGUUGGUCCAACGCUUCAGUCAACACGGCCCAAGUAACGUGUGUGGGUGUGGGAGUUGGGUGGGUGGGUGGCUGCGUGCGCAAAGUAUGGGUAUAUUUACCUCAUGAUUGUGCAGAGCUAAAGGUUAGCCUGCAGUCUGUGUGUUUGUCCAUGAAGCAAUAAACAGGCCUCAACACCAA